GGGUGAGGAGUGAGGCCAUUCUGGAAGGAAGACGGUGCAGAGAAGCAUGAUGAGUCAGUUUAAUCUACAAGGACCACUUGCAUCAUGCUCGUCGGGAAAUUCCUGCCCGCGAUUGGCUAUAGACACACCUUAGACUUCAGCUGUCGUCCGAGCUCUAAGGGCUCAGUCUACGGUGACAAACAGCAUGUUUAAUGCUACGAGAAAGAAGUUUGCAGAGGGGGGCGAAAGCGACUACGCGGAUGAGAGCAUGUACUACACGAAUUCGAUGUUCCCGCAUCGAUCGGAGAAAGACAUGCUGGCAUCCCCGUCACCCUCAUCGUCAGGUCAGCUGUCCCAGCUUGGUGCCAGUUUAUACGGGCAGCAAAGUGCACUAGGCUUCCCAGUAAGAGGCAUGAGCAGCAACAAUCCUCAGCUAAACCGCAGCCAGCUAUCGAGCCACGUGACCCCCACGACAGGCGUGCCCAGCAUGUCGCUCCACACUCCGCCCUCGCCCAGCAGAGGGAUCCUGCCCAUGAACACGAGGAACUUGAUGAACCACUCUCAGGUGGGCCAGGGCAUUGGCCUGACGGGCCGCACCAACAGCAUGGGCAGCUCGGGCCUGGGCAGCCCCAAUCGGAGCUCCCCCAGCAUCAUCUGCAUGCCAAAGCAGCAGCCGUCACGGCAACCCUUCACCAUCAACAGCAUGUCAGGCUUUGGGAUGAACAGGAACCAGGCGUUUGGCAUGAACAGCUCCAUCUCCAGCAACAUCUUUAACGGGACAGCCUUUGCCCUGCUGACAUGUGACCCUGUCACCGCCUUCGUAGACGGGAGUGAAAACGUGACGGGCCUGGAUCUCUCAGACUUUCCAGCGCUAGCGGACAGAAGUCGACGGGAAGGGAGUGGCAACCAGACCCCGCUGCUAAACCCGCUAGCUGGGAGAGCCCCUUACGUCGGCAUGGUCACAAAGCCAUCGAACGAGCCGUCUCAAGACUUCUCCAUCCACAACGAGGACUUCCCUGCACUGCCAGGUGCCAACUACAAGGACCCCACGUCGAGUAACGACGACAGCAAAUCGAAUCUAAACUCAUCAGGCAAGAAUUCAUCUAGUACAGAUGGGCCUAAAUUCCCUGGAGACAAGAGCUCGACGGCACAGAACAACAACCAGCAGAAGAAAGGGAUCCAGGUGUUACCGGACGGCCGGGUAACGAACAUUCCCUCUGGGAUGGUAACGGACCAGUUUGGGAUGAUCGGACUUUUAACGUUCAUCCGGGCGGCGGAGACGGACCCUGGGAUGGUGCACUUGGCGUUGGGCAGCGACUUGACAACGCUAGGACUCAACCUCAACUCUCCCGAAAAUCUGUACCCCAAAUUUGCCUCUCCGUGGGCAUCAGCGCCGUGUCGACCUCAGGAUAUCGACUUCCACGUUCCAUCGGAAUAUUUAACCAACAUUCACAUAAGGGAUAAGCUGGCUCAGAUAAAGCUGCCACGAUAUGGAGAAGACCUGCUGUUCUACCUGUACUACAUGAAUGGAGGAGACCUUCUGCAGCUCUUGGCAGCGGUGGAGCUAUUUAACCGGGACUGGAGGUACCACAAAGAGGAGCGAGUGUGGAUCACACGGGCGCCUGGUAUGGAGCCCACUAUAAAGACCAACACCUACGAACGGGGGACGUACUACUUCUUCGACUGUCUUAACUGGAGGAAGGUGGCAAAGGUAAAGGAGUUUCACUUGGAAUAUGACAAGCUAGAAGAGAGGCCCCACGUUCCGUCGACCUUCAACUACAACCCCGCGCAGCAGGCCUUCUGAGAGACCGCCCCCGUCAGGGGGUGGGGUUUCACCGGCACGGCACCUGCCAGGCCCACGGCCUUCGGUUUUUAUUCCUCGAGGAUGUGGCAAUUGAUUUAGGCAGAGAGGGGUCUCCACUUUGGGGCGGGUGGGGGGGACUGGGUGGUGGUUGGGCAGUAAGAGGGGCUCUGCCUUGAGAAUUACAUGCUGCCCAAACGUCAACGCUUGUUCCGUUUUUAUUCCUACCCUUUUUUUGUUUCCCUCAUUCAUUUUCUUUUUUGAACAGGGUCUGAAUUGUGUUUACGCCUCAUUUCAGAUACACGUCCUUGGACAGAGGCAGGAUAACUGACGUUUGACACACUCGCACACGCACACAAUAACAGAACAAAGUUUAGUAUUCCAGUGUUAAAACUGAGAAAGGAGGGCAAAACUACCCACAAAGUAAAACAGCAGCAUAAAACAAGGAUAGGGGAAGAUGCAAUGUUUGUCGUGCAACUAUUUGGUCAUAAAAAAAACCGCAGGAGAUCUUGGUACAUUUUCUAUGUGAACAUCCUCUCGUUUCGUCGCCCAUUUUUCGCUGUCCGCUACGCUCUCUGAUACAUUCCUCCGCUUCUACUCCACACACCUCACACACACUUUUCUGAAGGGCAUUUUCUGCCUCGGAGAAAAAAAAAAAAGUUUAAAAAAAAUAUAUAUAUAUGAGACUGUUUUAGCGGACGAUGUCACAGCCUGUGGACAAUCUUCUCCGGUGGGUUGUGAAUUAACUGAGCUGCGUUGUUCCAGAAUGAGCGAAACACUGUCCAGUCUUUGUUACAAUUUUGUAAUAAACGUGUACAUUUUUUUUUAAUUUUUGGACAUCACAUGAAUAAAGAUAUGUAUGUACGAAUGUGUAUAUAUUAUAUAUAUAUGACAUCUAUUUUGGAGACAAAAAAAAAAAUGUUGCCUGCCAUACCUCGUUUUUAGGAGGUGUGCACAGAUGCAAUAUGUGGAUGAAAACGGGACAUUUCUGGAGCUGCUGGAUGGGGGCCGGGGGGCAGGGAGGGUCUCGCUCGCCACCCUGUGCACUUUUCAAUUUAAAACGACGACAACAGAUGGCAAAAAAGGGCCAGAUUUUCAGCGAACCAAGGACAUGCAUAUCCAAGCAAACAAGUCAGCAUCUCGGGGACGGAAGGACUCGGAGCGUUUCACUCCGGCUGUUUACGCGGCAGCAUUUCAUAGGAAAAGAAAAACCAAUAAAAAAAAAAAAUCGAAACAGAUCUACCUUGUAUUUUCUGAUCGCGUUCAAGCUUCUUUUCUUUGUAAUAAAGUAGAAAGGCUCUUCUGAA